GCCGAGUUUAAAGCUGCCUGAUAACUCUCUAUGCACUUCUGACCUUACGAUUGAAUACACUGUAUGCUUUCAACUAGGGAAACUGAGCAAAGAACGCUAAAGGAUACGCUCAUUAGACCAAUCGGAGGCGCUACUUUCUACUUUCAUCCGUGAUCACCAAGGAUACGCGCCCGGUGAGUGGGAGAUGAGCAGCCCCGAUGCGGGUUACGCCAGUGACGACCCGAGCCAGACCCGAGGCACCAGCUCAGUCUUAAUGUCUGGCAUGAGGCAGUGCGCGUGGGGGGACCCGCUCAGUCCCCUUUCUGACACGAAAGCAAAACACGAGGCGUGUUCUUCAGCGGGUCCCGGGCGCGGAAAGAGCGAGCCGCGCAUCCGCAGGCCGAUGAACGCGUUCAUGGUGUGGGCGAAAGAUGAACGCAAGAGGCUCGCGCAGCAAAACCCGGAUCUGCACAAUGCAGAGCUGAGUAAAAUGCUUGGUAAAUCGUGGAAAGCCUUACCAAUAGUGGACAAACGUCCGUUUGUUGAGGAGGCAGAGCGUCUCAGAGUGAAACACAUGCAAGACCACCCGAACUACAAAUAUCGGCCACGGCGUCGUAAACAAGUGAAACGAAAUAAACGGCUGGACCCGAGCUUUGUGCUUCACGGGGCCGGGGAUGCUCACCCUCUGGGCAUGGACGGCAUGAGCGUCGGAUUUUCGGAACUGCCCCAAGCUAGACUGCCUCCGUACUGCGAGACCCAGACUUUGUUCGAACCCUACAGCUUGCCCACACCUGACCCCUCUCCCAUGGACGCUGGGGAGUUUUUUGCCCAUCUUCAGGACAAUCGCCACCAGUCAGCAUACAGCUACCACAACCACCAAGAGCACCACUUUCAGGAAAACCCAAACAUUCUCCCCAACAUGCAUGAUCAUACCAACAUGAAGUCACUCGCAAACACACAUUUCCACUGCAACGUCAACACGCACGCCGAUCCCAGCUCACACACUUCCAGCACCACGCAGUUCAGUCUAAUAAACGGUGCUCACCCCCAGCAAGCUCUUCAUGAGAGUGCCAAACCGCAAACCAGUCACAGUUCUGGUGCUCAUCUGAAUUCCCUCGCUCACCCCAUAUCUCACACCAUCUUUAACAAAAGCUCUUCUUCUCAGCAAGCCAUGCCUCCCGAUUACCCGAACUGUCCCUCAACUUUAGAUGACCAUUACGGGUACAGCUCUCAGCUGAAGCGUCCUUAUGAGGAAUUGUCACUUCCUGUUGACCUUCACGCACCUGCACAGGUCCCCGCAGCAGCUCACAAUCGCAGUUCUACUGAAAUGGCGGAUGAAGUGGAGUUUGAGCAAUGCCUUACUUACGCGGUCCCCCAUGUAACAUUACAGGGGUCCAACCUAAUCUCAACCGUACUGUCUGAUGCUAGCACUGCUGUGUACUACUGUGGCUACAGUAAUUCCUGAGGAGAUUUGAUGUUCUUUUUGAUAAAUCCUGAAUCGCACAUUUUCACUGUAACCGAUUAUUAGGAAAACGGAAUGACGUACUUUUAACUAAUAGAGCUGUCUAAUGAAAUCUCAGAGGCCUUAAAAUGUGUUUUCCAAUGUUUAACUUUUGCAGCUGCGUAAUGUCUUUAAAAUCGCUAUAUUAAAUCAUAAUAUGAGUUUUGUGGAUUUUACUCCAUGUUUGUUAGCCUUGAGGCCAUCUGUAUGAUACAUGUAUAUAAAUUAGCUGUAGCAUAUCCGAUUUUUUGCCCCUGUAAAACAGAUUGCAAAAUACGUUGGACAUGUCUUGCUCACGGGGCAAAUAAAAACGUUGGUCCAAUACUCUGUAUUGGUUCGUGGCUGUGAGAGAAGAGCUCAACCAAUGCAUAGGACACAGGAACGAAAAGUGUGCUAAUGAAGCUAUUUCAUGGAAUCUUUCAAUAAGAAAGCUGUAAAUAUUGUCAGCAUAAAAUGAGAUGUAUAGAAAUAUACCCUUGCAGAGUCAGUAUACAUUUUUAGAAUAUUAUUUCAGUUUUGAGGACAAACAAGAAAGAAGGAAGAAAGCAUAGUAAAAUCCCCUCUUGAGUCAAACCCUCAUUCGAAGAACCACCGUAAACUUUUCAGUCCUUCACUGCUUAUCUCAUUAUUAUUUACAGCUCAAUGUUCUUGAUUUAAAUAGAAUCUUUUAUAUAUGAAAAAAAACAAUAUUUAUGCUAGCAAGAAUGUGAGGUAGCAGUCUCAAAGCAUGCAAGUAUGCAAAAUAGAAACUGUGAAAGCAACAUGCACUGCUUGCUUCGAAAAACAGCGAAUGCAAUAAUCUGCGUUACUAGGAAAGAGAUCUUGAACGUUUCAUGCAAGGAUCAACUCUUCCAUGUUUUUCCUCAAAUGUACAUAUCAAAAACACGACUUUAUACUUUAUUGUAGUUGCCAUACCAACAAGUCUGUUGUAAAAAAAACUCACAAAACUCACAAAAAGUGUCCAUUUGAUCUUAUAGAUGUCAGGGAUCCACAUCUGAGAUAACGGCAAGGGUUUUUUUUUAUUCCACAGGAAUGGAACAAAAUACAAAACCUACAAAUUUGAAAUGAAUACAGUCUUUGGAAUAGGACGCAAACUGACUGUCAUGGAUCUGACAGUGACACGUAUGAAUCUGUGACAUUCACACACACACACACACACACACACACACACACUCAAUCACUCACUCACUGAGGUUUCAAUGUUUUAUUGGGACAUUCCAUAGGCAUAAUUGUUUUUUUAUGCUGUAUAAACUGUAUUUUAUAUCCCCUUACCAUUAUUAGAUUUUCAAAAAGACUUAAUUCUGUAUGAUUUACGCUUGUUUCACUGGAAUUACUAUUACUGCCAUUACUAAACUUGUGGUCCCCAUAUAGUAGGAAAUACCACACACACACUGAAUAUCUACAAUGUCUGAACCGUGUAUAUAUAUUUGAAAGACAGAAUACAAAACUAAUAAAAGCUACGAGUUUCA